UCGUGGGUUUAUCAGUGCCAGGUCUGAAGCAGCGAGGGGAAUCUGUCACGAUGACUUGUGACUACGACUUGGAAGGCGGACGACUGUACUCCGUCAAGUGGUAUAGAGAUAAUGAGGAAUUCUAUCGUUAUAUGCCGCGGCUUAGGCCACCGCAACACGCGCACAGACUAGACGGAGUUAAAGUCGAUGUGGAAAGGUCUAGCGCGAGACGCGUGCACCUCAGGGACUUGACGCUAAAGUCGCGCGGCCUCUACCGCUGCGAGGUGUCUGAAGAGGCGCCGUCGUUCCACUCCGCACAAUCAGAAGCCUUCAUGGAAGUAUACUAUUUCUCUCGUGAUAACCCACGCAUAAGCGGCCACGAACAGCUGUACGCAGUCGACGAACCUUUAGAUGUCAAUUGCUCCUCGGCCAAAGCUUUUCCAGCGCCAGAACUGCAGUGGUACAUAAAUGGAGAGAAGGUGAUAGAACGAGGUUUGCUGAUAGCGUACGGCGCUAAGCCUGUAUCUCAAGGUCUACUGAUCUCCACAUUAGGUCUAAAGGCUCCCGCAAUACCUAAUAUGAGGAUCACCUGUAUUGCUUCAAUCGGUACCCACAAAAGAGAACGAAGUGUUGUCAUAGAGACAAGCUCCUCGGCUCGAAGCAUGGCGAAGUAUUCAUUCAUUAUUUUAACGACCGUCAUUAACAUCGCUAUCCAUAUGAUCUCGUGAUAGUCACAUCGUAAUGACAAAUAUAAAUGUAACAUAAGCACUGAUCUCUAUAAAUAGAUAGGUUACUGAUUGUGAAUCACAGAUUUUUCUUUGUUCUGACUUAAAUGAUGUAACAGUCAAUAAUUCUAUCUCUAUUAUUAGUUCGAAUAGUCACCACCGAUACAAUCAGCGCCAAAUAGUGAAUAUGAAAUAGGCACAAAAUACCACGCCUUAUAGCCCAUCCAUUUAUAGAGGUCAGUGGGUAUAGGUAAUAGAUAUGACAUUCCAAAUCGAAUAAUUAUCAUUUAGUUGAAGUAAUAAAACGAAGUUAUCUGUCGUGUGUUUCAAUAAAAUUUUCUUUGCGUUAGUUAAGUUAUUAACUUGUCUAUAAAUAUGAUAUGAAUUUAACUAACAAUAUCAUUUUCCACUCCCGAUGUAAAUAUACGAAAUCAUAUUUUGUUCUUUGUUUUUAUAGAUUUUUAUAACAGCGGAAAUUAAUGGAGA